GCUGGCUGGCUGGCGGGAUGCUGGGCUCUCCUGGCCUCUUCCCUGGGCCUGAUGGGAGCUAGAGUCCUUCCUGGAGCCUUCCUUUCCUGGGGAUGAUGGAAGAGGCUUCUCUCCUGACCCCUCCCUGGAGAUGAUGGGCUCUAGAGUCAAGGAGGCCCCUUGCCUGGCCCCUUCCUUGGGCAUGAUGGAACCCAGAGUCUUUCCUGACCUUUUCCCUGGAGAUGAUGGGAUCUAGAGUCUUCCCUGGCCCCUUUCAUGGAUGCGAUGGGAGUCCCAGGAGGCCCCUUUCCUGAGGGUGAUGGGAUAGGAGUCAAGGAGGCUUCUUUCCUGACCCCUUCCUUGGAGAUGAUGGGCUCUAGAGUCUAUGAGGCCUCUGGCUUGACCCCUUCCUUGGAGAUGAUGGAAUCCAGAGUCUUUCCUGUCCUUUUCCCUGGGGAUGAUGGGAUCUAGAGCCAAGGAGGACUCUUUUUUCCUGACCCCCUUCCUUGGGGAUAAUGGGAUCGAGAGUCUUUCCUGGCCCCUUUCAUGGAUGUGAUGGGAUCCAGAAUCCUUCCUGUCCUUUUCCCUGGGGAUGAUGGGAUCUAGAGCCAAGGAGGACUCUUUUUUCCUGACCCCCUUCCUUGGGGAUAAUGGGAUCGAGAGUCUUCCCUGGCCGUUUCCUGGGGGCGAUGGGCUCUAGAGUGCAAGGAGGCCUGUUUCUUGGGGGCGAUAGGAUCUAGAGGCCCUAUCCCUUCCUUGGGGAUCAUGAGAGUCAGAGCCUGUCAUUCCCUGGGGAUAAUGGGUGCUGUAGAUUCUGGAAUUUACAGUUAAAAAAAAAAAGCUUCCCAGAGCCCUAUUAUUUGGGGGAGUCCUGGGAGCUACCUUACUGUAUUAUGAUUAGUAUUAUAUUGUAUGACAUAUUUAGGCCAUAAUAAUAAAAAUAAUAAUAUACAAUAAAUGAAUAAUAAUAACAAUAUACAAUAAAUUAUUAUUAAUAAUAAUGCACAAGAAAUUAUUAUUAAUAAUAACUCGUUUAUUGCCAGCCUCUCCUUGCUGCUAUAAGAUUCCAACUGCUUUGGGAGCCCCUUUCAGCCCAUAUGGGUCCGCGUUGGCCCCUCUUGGCUGCCCCCCCCCCCCCCCGGCCUCCAUGGAUGCCGAGCGAGCGCUCGCUGUCUAAUAAUAACAGGGAUAAUAAUAAACCCCAUCAGGACUCCCGGCUUGGCAGCCAACCAAAAAAGCAAGACAAGAAAAGCAAAAAGGGAUGAGUCAUGAGAAAAAAGGAGAGAGAGCGUGGUGGGGGGGCCUUGGCAGUGCCAGGCGGGGGGAUGCCAGCGGGGGGCACUCUUGGCUCUGAGUCACGGUUCGCCCCGGGUGGGCACACGCGUGGGCGCAUCCCGGCCUUUCCCGUGGUGGGGCGCCCCUUUUCCGGAAACGAAACCCGGGCAACAUGGUGCCCCAUGGCAACCGGGCAUCGCCACGGCAUCGUGGGGAACCAACAAAAAGCAUGGACGUAUGAUGAUUGCUUGUAUUAUUACUGUAUUUUAUUUCUCUCAAUUCCUCCAUCCCAUCAUUGUUUACUUAUUAUAAUAAUAUAAAUAAAUUAUUAAUAAUUAAUAAUAUUAAAUAUUUAUAAUACAUUAUUAUUAAUUAUUAUUAAUAAUAAAUAUUUAUAAUAAUACAUUAUUAAUAAUAAUUAAUAUGACUAAAUAUUUAUUAGAAUAAUAGUAUAUUAUUAUUUAUAAUAAAUCUUUAUUAUAAUAACAUGUUUAUAAUAAUAACUAUUUAUUAUAAUAGUGAAGAAGAGGAGGAAGAGGUGGAAUUAUUAUUAUUGUUAUUAUUAUCAUCAUCAUUAUUAUUUUUCCCCGUGUCAGGAGCGACAUGAGAAAUGGCAAGUCGCUUCUGGUGUGAGAACAUUGGCUGUCUGCAAGGACGUUGCCCAGGGGACGUUGCCCGGAAGUUUCUGAUGUUUCGACCAUCCUUGGGGGAGGCUUCUCUCAUGUCGCCGCAUGGAGCUGGAGCUGACAGAGGGAGCUCAUUGGCGCUCUCCCCGGGUUGGAUUCGAACCGACAACCUUCAGGUCAGCAGUCCUGCCGGCACAAGGGGGAGGAAGAGGAGGAGGAAGAGGAAGAAGAGAAGGAAGAGGAAGCCACUGCUGCCUUUUCUUUCUGAGGACUAGCACCUUGCGCAGCAGGGGAGACAAGAUGAGAGAUGCCAAGGAGGAGGAGGAGUGCCAGUCUGUGGGGCGGCUGUGCCUUUAAAUCCUGGGGGGGGGGGGGGGGAGCGGAUGACGCCAGCGCCUCCCCGGCAGCAGCAGCAGCAGCAGCGGCAUCAUCAUCAGGACCAGGAGCAGCGAAGGAAGGAGGAGAAGGAUGGAGCCGCUGUCCAGCAGCCGGAGCCGGAGGCAUGGCCAUCCCCGGACACCCCGAGCCGCCUCUUCCGGGGCCCCCGAGGGACACAGGAAGAUGGAGUCGAGCCCCCGCGCCAACGUGGACCAAGACCCGACCUCCCCCGUGGGCUCCCAGCCCGUCUCGCCACGUGGCAGCAUCAGCGGCUUGGCCUCGCCGGUGCUCUUCUCGCCGGGCUCCAACCAGUUCUCCUCAGACGGGCGCUUCCAGCCGGAGGGCUCCAACCAUGCGCUGUAUCCCGGGGGCUCCGUGCCCAGCGUGUCUCGGCCCGACUCCCUCUUUGACGCUUUCAGCCCGCGGGCCCAGGCAGAGAGCUCGCACCAGGAGCGCUCCCCGGGUCGCGCCAACCCGCCGCUCUCUUUGGACAUCAGCCGGACGCCGCCCGAGGGGGCCACCCCGGCCUAUGGCACCCCGACCUUGCGCUCGCCCGUGGAGCUGCGCCCUUUGUCCCCGGCUUCGGGCAGCUCGUCCCUCUCCUCCAUGAAUCUCAGCCAGUCACCCAUCCGGGGCGUGCUGCCAGAGCGGUGCCCCUUGGAGCCGGUUUCCUCGGGCGUCCUGGCCUCGGAACGCAAAGACUCGCUGCUGCCCAAAGCCGAGUCCAGCGACCACAUCUGCCUGAGCCGCUCGGCCUCGGCCCAGCGCCCGCCCUCCUUGCCCAAGGCCGUCUCCAGCGAGUACCUUUGCACCGGGAGGGCCGCCACCUCCAAGGCCUCCCUGCUCACCAAGGCCGAGUCGGAGGAAGUGGUCUCUGCCCGCGUGCGCCACUCGCCCAAGUCCCAGGACCUCAGGGGCAACUUCCAGCACAGCAAGGAGCGCUUCCUGGCGCCCCUCGCCAAGGCCCCGGCCAAGCCUGAGAACGAGUUCCGGAUCACUGUGGUCUCCUGGAACGUUGGCACCGCCAUGCCCCCCAGCGACGUGACCUCCCUCCUCCAUCUCAACACGGGCGACUCCAACGACACGGACAUGAUUGCCAUCGGGCUGCAGGAGGUGAACUCCAUGAUCAACAAGCGGCUGAAGGAUGCCCUCUUCACCGACCAGUGGAGCGAGCUCUUCAUGGAGGUCCUGAGCCCCUUUAACUUUGUCCUGGUGAGCACGGUGCGGAUGCAAGGGGUCAUCCUGAUGGUCUUUGCCAAGUACUACCACCUGCCCUUCUUGCACUAUAUCCAGACCGACUGCACCAGGACCGGACUCGGCGGGUACUGGGGCAACAAGGGCGGGGUGAGUGUGCGCCUGGCCAUCUUUGGGCACAUGGUGUGCUUCCUCAACUGCCACCUUCCGGCCCACAUGGAGAAGGCCGAGCAACGCCGGGAGGACUUCACUACCAUCCUCCACCUCCAGCAAUUCGAGGGGCCCUCGGCCACUGGCAUCCUGGACCACGACCUCGUCUUUUGGUUUGGGGACCUCAACUUCCGCAUCGAGAGCUUGGACAUCCGCUUUGUGAAGUACGCCAUCGACAGCAACAUGCUCCAUCAACUCUGGGAGAAGGACCAGCUCAACAUUGCUAAAACCACUUGGCCCAUCUUGAAAGGCUUCCAAGAGGGGCCCCUGAACUUCCCCCCGACCUUCAAAUUUGACGUUGGCACCAACAUGUACGAUACCAGCGCCAAGAAGCGGAAGCCGGCCUGGACGGACCGCAUCCUGUGGAGGAUCAAGGCCUCGGGCGGCUCCGGCAGCCACCACCCGGGCAGGGUCGCCUGCGGGGUCCUGGGCGUCACCCAGCUCUGCUAUUGCAGCCACAUGGAGUAUACUGUCAGCGACCACAAGCCCGUGGUCUCCAUCUUCGCCGUCCAGUUUGCUUCCAGAGCCGAGGUGCCACUGGUGGAGAUCCAAGUGGCUGACGAAUGGACAAAACCGGAGCAAGCGGUGAUCCGGUACAAGGUUUCGCCCACUUACCACCGCAGCUCCUGGGACUGGAUCGCCCUUUAUCGAGUGGGCUUCCGGCAUUAUAAGGACUACGUGGCCUACGUCUGGGCCAAGCAGGAGGACAUGGAAAGCAACCUAUUCCAGUUACUCUUCCCGGAGGAGUCCCUGCCCAAAGGGAAGGGCGACUACAUCUUGGGCUACUACAGCAACAACUACAGCUGCAUGGUGGGGGUGACCGAGCCCUUCCAGAUUUCGAUGCCCUCGCUGGACCCGAGUGGCAGUAGCCCGCCGGACAGUUCGAGCUCGACGUCAGAGGAGGAGGAGGAUGACAGCACCCUGGUGCUCCUGGGCCCCAAGUCCCGCAGCCCCAGCCCGGGCAAGAUGAGCCGCCACCGCAGCCGCAGCCCCAGCCUGGCCAAGUUCCAGGGCCUGAUCCUGCGCCCAGCCAGCCGGGAGAAGGGCGCCAGCCGCAGCCCCUCGCCCCAGGCCCGCCGCCGGAGCAGCGCCACCCGCCUCAAGGGCGAGAUCCCCAGCAUCCAGUUCUCCAAGGACAGCCCUCGGCAGCAGCGGCGCCGGCGCUCCAAGUCCCCGGCGGGCACCGCCGCCACCUGGCGCUUCGAGGACAGCCCCCUGGCUCGGGCCGACCCCCGCAACCUGGGCCUGCUGCCGGCCGUGCGGCUGGAGACCCUCGACCAGGUCAUGGGUGCCCACCACCUCCAGCACCGGCGGGAGAGCGCCGAGCAGGCCUUGCCCGCCCGCCGGAUGAGCCCCACCAGCCCCACCUCCAGCUUGGCGGCGCUCUUUGGCACCUCACCACAGGAGGCUGGGUCCCAGAGCCCCCAAGGCUGGGACCCCGUGGGAUACUAACGCGGCGGCCAAGCCCUCGCCCAACCCUCCCGACUACGCUUGCAGUGUUCUCGCCAACCUUGCCCUUUCCCUGCUCGGUCGCGUGCCUCUCUUUCUCCAUCUCUCUCUUGCCCUGCUGCCACCACACCACCCGCCUGGCCAACUGUCCAACGUGCUGACCGGAUCUCCUCUGCCCAGAAGUCCUCCUUACCCACCAUCCACCCCCUCAAGUGCCACCUGCCCGUCCUUUUGGGUCGAGAGGGUGGCAAAGGGCACCCCUCCUCCAGAAAGCAAAGGAAAUGACAAAGGACGGCGGACAGAGCCCCAAGGGGAUGCCAGUCAUGUCUGCUGGAUGGGAGGCAGGGAGAUGGAGUCGGAGGCGGGAAGGCCCCAUUCCGAUGCCAAGAGGACGAUGCAGCAGCUGGGGCAAGGGUGGCACAGCUGUGUCCCUCUGGAGCGGGCGCAACGGCCCUUCCCAGAGGGAGGCUGGCAGACGUCACUGGCGCCAGGCCAAGGGUGGCAAAGGGCUGGUUCCUGCAUCAGGGGAGAGUUGGAGAAGAAGCCGGGGGUCAAAGCUGCGCCAUGGUGCCUUGGAACAGAGGAGGAGGAGAAGGAGAAAGCUCCUAAGGGGGUUCCGGGGGGGAGGGAGGGGAGGAGGGGGGCUGGUCUCCCCCAACUGACAGAGCCUCGACCUUCGCUGGGACGAGUUCAGAGUUGAUGCAAUCUGUCCGACCUCUCUUUCCCCUCCUGACCUAAUAAAACAUUGACAAAACUG